UAUGUCAAUUUCAUUCCAAUUUGAAAAAUCAUUCGCAAUUCUGGUCCACUUUGGCCUAUGUUUUUGCGUAUUUGUCCUUUCGUGCACUUUUAAUUUUCAGUUUCGGUACCUCGAGCCAAACUUUCACCAGGGUUUUUUUUGGCGCCAAAAAGAAGCAAUGGGUAAAGACGACAGGCAAUUAAUAGCGGCGAAACAAGCGUACAGGAGCGCCAAGGAAGUCGGGAAUCGGCAGGAGGAGGCUCGAUGGGCAAAUGUAAUAGGAGACAUACUCAAGAACAGAGGAGAAUACGUGGUGUCAAUUAAGUGGUUGAGAAUUGAUUAUCAAAUUUCUAUUAAGUACUUGCCCGAAAAGCAUUUGUUGCCUACGUGUCAGUCCCUUGGUGAGGUUUAUCUUCGCCUCCAUGAUCAUGAACAAGCUUUGCUUUAUCAGAAAAAACAUUUGGAGCUUGCGAAGGAUGCUAGUGACAUCAUUGAGCAGCAAAGGGCCAGUACUCAACUAGGCCGCACGUACCAUGAGAUAUUUUUAAAAUCUGAAGAUGACCAUAGUGCAGUUAGAAAUGCAAAAAAGUAUUUUAAGUCAGCCAUGAAACUCGCUCAGAAUCUCAAGGAGAAUCCACCAAGUGCUAGUUCCUCUUUCCUUAAAGAAUACAUAGAUGCACACAACAAUAUUGGGAUGCUUGAAAUGGAUCUUGACAAUCUGGGAGAAGCUGAGGAAGUCCUCACUAAAGGACUACAAAUAUGUGAAGAAGAAGAGGUCAGUGAAGAUGAUGAUGGCCGUAGCAGGCUCCAUCACAAUCUUGGAAAUGUGUACAUAGAGCGGAGGGAGUGGUCAAAAGCUAGGGACCACAUUGAGAAAGAUAUCAUAAUCUGUAAGAGAAUUGGGCACUGCCAAGGGGAGGCUAAAGGAUAUAUUAAUCUCGGUGAGUUGCAUUACAGGGUUCAAAAGUAUGAAGAAGCAAUUCGUUGCUAUCACAGGGCACUUGAUUUAGCAAAAUCAAUGGAAGAUGAGGAUGUUUUGGCCAAACAAAUUAACCAAAAUAUUGAAACUGUAAAAGAAGCUAUCAAAGUACUGGAUGAACUCAAGAAAGAAGAACAGCAUCUUAAGAAGUUAAUGAGGAGUACAGUGAAUGCAACAGAUCAAUCACAUGAGAAGAAACUUUUCAGGAAGCAACAUAAAUUGCUUGAUCGUCUCAUUGAGAAGUCAAGCAUGAUUUUCGCAUGGGAGGAGCACUGUAAAUAUGCAAAAUGGAAGAAGAGGAUAGCAAAACAACUUUAUGACAAAGAAAAGUUGGGUGAUUCAUUUCUGAUUCUCGGGGAGUCAUACCAUAAGCGCAGAAGCUUUGAUAAAGCCAUUAAAUGGCUCACAAAGAGUUGGGAGAUGUACACUUUAAUUGGCAACUUGGAGGGUCAAGCUUUAGCUAAAAUUAGCAUGGGUGAUGUUUUGGACUGUAAUGAUGAUUGGGUGGGAGCGCUAAAAGCAUUUGAAGAAAGCUACAGGAUUGCGGUCGAAGCUAAUCUUCCCUCCGUUCAGCUUUCAGCACUAGAGAACAUGCAUUAUAGCCACAUGAUAAGAUUUGAUAAUGUUGAGGAGGCCAGGAGGCUGCAAAAUGAAAUGAGCAACCUGAAGCAGUCAAAAAGAAGGGAGCUUGAAACUCAGAAUUUGGCAAGGGAUUGCUGCUCUGAGACUGAUACGGAUGAGGAUGAUGAUUUUUCAGAUAACAGAUCUAAUCCAUCCCACUCGCCAAAGAAUAAUAGCUCUGGCUGUACAAAGUCAAAAAAUUUAGCUGGUGUUGAAGAGUUGAAUGAUGAUUUACCUUUGAUUUCAUUCUUGCAGCCCAGUAAACAGGCAUCUAGAAAGAAAACAGCUUGUAUAGAAAACUGCAAUACAUGUGAUAAACUGGCGGAAGUUUCUCCCAAAUGUUUGUCUAAAACUAGCAAUCAGCAGACAGUUGUUGGACGUAAACGUGUCCGAGUGGUCAUUUCAGAUGAUGAAGGUGAAAUACAGAAUGAGGAGAACUUUGGAGGAAGGUUUCAUGAACACACAGUGGACAAUGUUGCUACUUCUGAUGGAUUUAAGGAGAAAAACAAUCUAUCUAGAUCUGCACACGAAUGUCAGGAUUUCUCAAGGGCUAUACCCAAGUGUGCUACAAGUUCGUCCAAUCCUGUUAAUAUUGAAGAAAGCAGUUGUUCAUAUAAAUCUCCUAAAGUGGCUACUCAAACUGGAAAAGUAUUCAGACCUUUAAGUACUGAUGAAGUUGCUUUUGCAUCGUCAGAUAAUGUGGAUAUCUCUGCAAGCUUAAUGCAUAGGCAUAGAGCUGCCUGUCUCAAGUUGCAUAAUUUUGCCAAUGACAACAAACAAUGCAUUGUGUUUAGAAUUGAUGAUGCCAUGCUACGUAUUGAAGGAGGUCCAUCUUUUGCUGCUGAUGAUUUGAGCAUUGAGUCUAUCAAGGUUGAACUAGCCUGUUUAUAUUAUUUGCAGCUUCCCAUGGAGACAAGAUCUAAGGGUCUUUUGCCCAUCAUUCAGCAUAUGAAAUGUGCUGGAAAAGUUUUAGAAUCUUUAGAAGCAUUUGAAACUCUUGAGGAUCAUCUAGGAAGUGUCCUGAUUGAUGUUUCUAUUAACGGAUGGGUUCAAAAGCGCCUGAUGAAACUUUACAUUGACUUUUGUGAGGAGCUAUCUGAGCCACCUAACAUGAAGUUGCUAAAAGAACUAUACAUUUCAGAGGUUGAGGAUGAAAUCGUUGCAUCAGGAUGUGAAUUGCAAGAUAUAUCUAUCACUCCAUUGUUGAAUGCCUUGCAUGCGCAUAAAACAGUUGCCAUGAUUGACCUUUCUCAUAAUAUUUUAGGAAAUGGAACAAUGGAGAAACUUCAACAGUUAUUAACAUCAGGCCAAAAAUAUGGUGGUUUGACUUUGGAUUUGCAUUGUAAUCGGUUUGGUCCAACAGCUUUAUUUCAGAUUUGUGAAUGCCCUGUGCUCUUUACUCGGCUAGAGGUGCUUAAUAUCUCUGGGAAUCGUCUGACUGAUGCAUGCGGAUCUUAUCUUUCAACUAUAUUGGAAAAAUGUAAAGCUCUUUACAGUUUGAACAUAGAGCGAUGUUCCAUCACAUCUAGAACAAUUCAAAAGGUUGCUGAUGCACUAACUUCUGGCUCAGUUUUGUCACAAUUGUCUAUAGGACAUAAUAACCAGAUAUCUGGAAAUGCAAUUGUUAAUCUGUUAACCAAACUUGCCGCUUUGAAGAGUUUUGCAGAGCUGAAUCUGAGUGGAAUCAAGAUAAAUAGGCCUGUUACUGAUAACCUCUGCCAACUUGCUAAAAUAUCAUGCUUGUCACGAGUAAUGCUUGGAAGCACUGGCAUAGGAACUGAUGGAGCAGUUCAAGUAACUGAAUCACUGUUCAGUGGAUCUCAAGAAUACGUGAAACUUGACCUGUCAUAUUGUGGACUAACAGCUGCAUAUGCUCAUCAACUUAACAUUGAAGAUACUCUGGUUUGUGGCAUUCUUGAGUUAAACCUUGAAGGAAAUCCUAUUAUGCAAGAGGGUGUGAAUGCAAUAACAUCAUUGCUUGUGAAUCCACGGUGUUGCCUGAAAGUUUUAGUACUAAACAAAUGUCAGCUGGGGCUAACUGGAGUUCUUCAAGUGAUUAAGACGCUAUCAGAGAAUCACCAUCUGGAAGAGCUUCAUGUAGCUGAUAACAGCAGCCAAGAUGAAAAACAUAUGAUGCGUUAUGACUCGACAACCAGAUGUAGCGCAGAUCUCUUACAGCCCAACUUCAGUACAUCUGAGUCUUCUUUGAAGGUGUGUGGUCCUAAAAAAGCUGAGACAGAAAAUGAGGCUCUGAAGGUGUGUGCUCCUGAAAAGGCUGACAUAAACCAUGAGGCUUUAUGUGCUGUGAACACUGACUGUAAUCAGCUUGAAGUUGCUGAUAGUGAAGAUAAUGAGAUCAGGGUAGAAGCAGGUCCUGAAUUUGAUGACAGCUGCACAAGCUCAUCUCAAAAGAAUUCUUCUUUAGAGUGUCAAUUCAUUCAAGAGCUUUCAGCUGCCAUCAGCAUGGCAAAGCAGUUGAAGUUAUUGGACCUAAGCAAUAAUGGUUUCUCAAAUCCAGUUGCAGAAACACUGUCUAAUGCAUGGUCAUCUAGAUUUACAACUGAUGUUUCUUGGAGGCACAUUAAGGAUCAGAUAAUCCAUUUCUCAAUGUCAGAUGAAAUGUGUUGUAGGAGAAAACCUUGCUGCAGAAAAGAUUAAUCACUUACUGGAAUUCAAUCUAUGAGCAAAACAUUGCACUCAAACAACAUUUUUCUGACAGUUAGGUGUGUUUCAUGUCAGUUGCCAGUUAUUUGUUAACCAUGUUAUAAGAUAAGUACACUUGUAAAUAUAUAUAAUUAUAUGGCAAUAACUAAGAUGUCUAGGUACAUGAACCCAUAUAUUUGAAUGAAGCAGCAGAAGUGAUAGUUGCUUUUGUUUUUCUGUAA